CUAACCCCUACUAGAUUUUAACAGUGCAUGAAAUAAAAGAACAUUUUAUUAAAAAUUGUAAAAAUAAACUUACAAUCGGGCACAGAGCUGGGGCUACUUCGGGAUAACCAGGACAAAACUAAACUAAAAAUAUAAAAAUAUAACUGAAAAUGGGGCUAGAAAGGAGGUCCGGGCCUUAGAAGACCCGGAGGAAGCUGAUUAUGGAUUGCCUUCGCCAAGAACUGCCUUAUAUAGGCAAUGGGAUUUCCAGGGCGGGCUCUGGGGCGGCGGCCCGGCAUAGAUAAUGCGCUCGGCGGCUGAUCAAGAGAUUGGAUUGCAACAAGAAGCCACCCACUUGCUGGCUGCUAAAGUUGGCCGGCCAGCCAGGUUGCGCCACGUGGCAGCGCCUGGAUACCUCGAUAGAUCCGUCGUCCCCCUCUCCGACGGCGACGACGAAUGGUGCCAACUCGAUGCUCUUCUCCAAGGCUGGAUUCUCUCCACCAUCACCGAUGAAGUCUCAGAUCUGGUCAUCUCUUCUCUCAUCACCGCCUCAGCUCUCUGGAAGGUCAUUCACGACCUCUUUCAUGAUAACAAACAUGCUCGAGCCAUGCAGUUGGAGCAUGAAUUCCGUACCACCGUCAAGGGCUCCACCUCCAUGGCGGCCUAUUGUCAACGACUCCAAAAUCUUGCCGAUUGGUUGGAUGACGUUGAUGCACCGGUCUCUCAACACCAACUUGUUCUUCAGAUGCUCCGAGGGCUUCCCGCAGAUCUUCAGAGCCAGACCUCGUUCAUGCAGUUUCAGGAUCCUAUGCCGAAUUUUCUUCAGGUUCGAUUGGCUCUCAUGCUUUUGGACCGUCAGCGGUCAACUCUUGUUUACCCUGGUAGCACGACCUUGCUCACCACUCGAGCCGGCGGUCACCUCCAUGGCGGGACAAACGGCGGCAGCGGCUAUGGUGGAAAACACGGCGGCAGCAGCUACGGUGAUGGCAACUCGGGACAGCGCGGCGGUUCUAGAUGAGGGCAAGGACGUGGCGGCGGAUAUCGGGGUCAUGGACGUCAAAACGGCUCCCGCUGUAGUAAUAACUAUUUUUAUCUAAAAAACAACUGUAGUAAUACUCAAUUAGAAUUUUAAAAUUUUCAAUCUUAAAUCGUGGAUCACAAAUAAUACCUAUUUUAUAAAUAUCAGGAAUGUACAAAUAAUAAGUACACCAUUUA